AUGGACCGGACUUACCCAUGGACUGUCAGAGAUAGGAUAAUUGGUACACAAUGGACCAUUUGUCUCCCCAAAUCCGAAGGUGGGUUAGGCAUCAGAAUAAUUGCCGAUGUAAAUAAAGCUUUGAUGCUAAACCAUGUGUGGAGCAUUUUGAACAAUCGGGAGUCUUUAUGGGUCAAGUGGAUACAUUCCUACAGAUUAAAGGCAAGAAGCUUAUGGGAUGUUCCAAUCCGUCAAAAUUGUUUGUGGGGGUGGCGAAAGAUGCUUCAACUUAGACAUCUUAUACGACCCCACAUCUGGUCUAGAAUCGGAAAUGGCCUUAACACUUCUGUCUGGUUCGAUAAGUGGCAUCAAAUCAGCCCAAUUUGUAGUCAUGUACCAAACAGAGAUAUAGUGCGAGCAGGAUUCUCCCUUCAUGCUUCGGUUUCUGAAUUUAUUAGGGAAGGGGACUGGAAAUGGCCUAGUGCAUGGUUGGACUUGUUUCCUGUAUUAAUCAAUAUUCCUAAUGUUCAUCUUAUAUCUAAUGUCCAAGAUAUUGGAAAGAAACUGAUGGUACUGAGCACCCUUUCUCCUCGUCAGUGGUAUGGGAAACAAUUAGAACUAAGCAGGUUGUUACUCCAUGGUAUAAAGCAUCUCACAAAUGAUACCAAGACACACGUUCCUAAUUUGGCUCAUGGUUCAUAG